AUGGAUUCUGAUCUACAACCUAGUAAUACUCCUAAAAUAUACCCCAGUAUGCUAACGACUACAACAACCACGACUACUAAAAGAAUCGAUAGUACGACAAUAACAUCGCCAGCUUUGCCAAAAACUCUAGAGCAAACUAUUCCUACUACUAGUAAACCCAUUUCGACUACUAGCAAACCGAUUCCAACCACCAGCAAGACUACUACUACGACUAUUUGUACUACUCUUCUAACUUCUCCUAAAACUACUACGACAACUAUCCUGACUACGCCUAUAAGGACCACAAUUCCAAGCACUACACCAACUACGGAAUUGCCUAUACGCAUCACGCCAUCAAGUCAGAUUAUGGAAGUCACAGUAGAACGACGAUCAAUCACGAAGGAAGAUUUAGAGCAACAACAAUUAUUAGCAAAAGCCAAAUAUGCAGCUACGAAAUUUGAUGCAGAACAAAAAUUCAACGAGAAUAUCACAAGAAGAAUA